CAAGGUAAAGCCUUCUCAUCACCUUUCUAGGGCUGCCUAAUCACAAUUCAGAAUCCACACCAUUCUUGGAGCCAAAAGGCCCUAUUUUUUAUUAAAAAUAAUAAACAAAUAAGGAAAAUAAAUACUACUAAAAAUAAAAAAGGUAUUUUUUUAAUAAAAAAAGAGGUUGACUAGGAGAAUAGUGGAAGAGCGCUCACUGGAGGACCUUCUCCACAUGCUGCAGUACGGAAUACGCAUGUUCGGGUCUCUGCCUAUAUAAUAUUUAUAUGUUCAUUGAAAAAUCUUAGAGAGCUGCAGGAGCUUGGGAGGCUAGAAAUAGUAUUUGAGGGAGUAAUCAAAAGCCAUUACAGCACCAUCUAUGGGAGCAGAAAUCAUGGUAAAAAACGGGGAGGCUUGUGUUACGAUGGAGGCGAAGGCUUCUCUUAUACUGGGACUACAACCAGCUGCCCUCAUUGAUCACGUGGCUCUUGUGGAUCAAUCCUUGGUCGAUCAAAUUCCCGGUGAAUCUGGUGGCUCUUUUCCGGUGGCAAUCGUGGAGCUUGAGCAUAUAUUAAGGGAGUUGAAAAAGCACAUCCUUGCUUCAGUCGAUGAUCCAUCUCCUGUGAAGACUAUGGCUGGAGGAAGUGUUGCAAAUACUAUUCGGGGACUUAGCUCUGGCUUUGGGGUUAAUUGUGGAAUGAUCGGGGCCUAUGGGGAUGAUGGGCAAGGUCAAUUGUUUGUAAGGAACAUGAACAUUAGUGGAGUUAAUAUUUCGAGACUAAGAAUGAAGAAGGGACCGACAGCUCAGUGUGUUUGCCUAGUUGAUGCAUUCGGUAAUAGAACAAUGCGCCCUUGCCUAUCAACUGCCGUAAAAGUUCAGGGGGAUGAAUUGACCAAAGAGGACUUUAGUGGUUCUAAGUGGUUGGUGAUGAGAUAUGGGAUAUUCAAUUUGGAAGUUAUUCAAGCAGCUAUAAGAAUUGCCAAACAAGAGGGUCUUUCUGUCUCCUUGGAUUUGGCCAGUUUUGAGAUGGUUCGGAAUUUUAGAGUACCUCUUUUACAGUUAUUGGAGUCAGGGGAUAUAGACCUCUGCUUUGCCAAUGAGGAUGAAGCGCAAGAAUUGAUAAGGGGUAAAGAAAAUGCGGAUCCUGAAGCUGCACUGGAAUAUCUGUCUAAAUAUUGCCAAUGGGCAGUGGUUACAUUAGGGCCCAAUGGUUGCAUUGCGAAACAUGGACAAGAGAUCGCCCGAGUUCCGGCUAUAGGGGAUGCAAAAGCGGUUGAUACUACAGGAGCUGGGGAUCUCUUCGCUAGUGGUUUCUUAUAUGGAUUGAUCAAGGGAUUAUCUCUUGAGGAAUGUUGCAAAGCUGGCUCAUGUAGUGGUGGAUCAGUGAUUCGUUCACUUGGGGGUGAGGUAACACCGGAGAAUUGGCAAUGGACGUAUAAGCAGAUGCAGAUCAAGGGCCUCCCACUUCCUGAUAUUCGGAACUGAUAUCUCCAUGACAAAAGAAGCAUUUAUUUUCACUCUACAUUGCUAUGAUUUAUUUUUUCUAAAGAAAAGGGCUAGCUUUAGUUGCGUUUUGGGGGUGGAUUGACUUGUGCACACGACUCCUCUUUUUCAACAGAAACAUUAACAUACGCAAUGUUGUGUCAUUACUGAAUUAUUCUGUAGAAACUGCAUUGCAAGGACUUCAAUCCUUCAUUUUCAGUGUUACCAGAGGCAAAAGUCUAAUGUUACCUCGUUCAUUUUCUUUCUUGAAAUGCUAAAUGGAACUACCGAGUUUCAAUAGGAUAUCCAAUGGUUUGCAUCCAUCUUAAGUUCGGCUGGCAAAAAUAAAGUUUGUGCAACUAGGAACUAGCAGAACAAAACAUAUGUAGUUUUAUGUUUAUGGGUGUCCAUGCGCCGUUGAUGCAAAAUUGAGUCAUAUCGAGAA